AUGAAUUUACAGAAUAAAUAGUCUGAUUAGAAGUGUGUCAUCUGUCUAAACAUAGCUUCCAACUAAGUAAGAUAUUUUGUUUUUAAAUAUAUUAGGUAAAUUUAGAUUAAUGCAAUCAUUUAUUCUGUUUUGCAUGUAUUAAUAAAUGGUCUGAAAAAAGUCACUAAUGUCCUUAAUGUAGAGCUAUGUUUUCUUGUUUUUAUGAAAUCAAAAAUGAUUCUAAAAUAGAGUAUAUUCUAUUUAAUUCUAAUAGUAUAAUAAGACAUGAAGCACCGCAAAUCAUUAAUAAUACUUAAGAUAAACUUAUUAUGGCUUUAGCUGAUAUCGAUAAUACUUACUAUGACUUAAUGUUAUAAUAAAUUGAUUUUAUAUGA